UAUUAGCACCUAGACAGACAUAUUCAUAAGCAACAAAAACUUGUUGGAAGCAAUGUUGUUAUAAAUAAGUGGGGUUGUCGCUUCUCAGGGGAUGAGUAGCCAAGUCUAGCUUAUGCUGUGCUAAGCAGGCGGGCAUCUUUUAUCUUAAGUUUCCAAAAGGAAUCCCCAAACGAUAAGAAGAAGCUGGGUUGUCGAAACUUGCCUCAGAGUUGAAGAUGAGGCAAAGAGUCCUAGCCUGAUCAAUAUCUUGCUGAUUCUUACAGAAGGGAUGAAAGCCGUUUCUCUUUUUUUUUGAAUACUUGGUACAGGGAUUAAUAACUCCGACGAACAAAGAUAUGACGUUGCAUUUUGAAAAUUGCUAGAGUGUCAGUGUCUUGUCUCUAUAGUUGAAAAGCUCCAUCGAUAGUCUGCCUAUGCACGACUAUAAACACCUAGAAUCAAACGAUAGCUUCUUCUCGGAAAACCCUCUUUCUGAAUGGGAUUUUCCUAACUACAUUAAAUAUUACGAAAAAAAUCAUUCACAAAAGAGCAGAAAAGCCCUUAAAAGCACAUUCUUAUACAAUCUAAAGAGCUUUGCAAGAGAUCCAUCAAUUAGUGAAGACUUGAAAGAUUCUAUAAGCAAUGUUGUCAAAAGAGUUGAAAAGAAAGUUGAAGAACAGAUUAAGGAUGAGUCAAGUAACUGUAUAAAAAUAAACGGCAAUGUGAUCUCUAGCAAUAUUAGCCUUGUCGCUUCGUCAAGCAAUACCACUGUUGGAAGACAAACUACUGAAAAAGCUAUUGAAGAAAGACAAGAAUUGAGAGAUGAUGUCGACAGCCUUUUUAAUCCAAUUCCAACAGGAAACUCUGGAAGCAAAAGAAAAAUAAAUGAAACAGACAUACUCUAUGACUCUGUCAAUAGACCGAUCAUCUCAGCAUCACAAGUUCGCUACGAGGUAUACCUUCUUGGAGCAAAAAGGCUACAUGGUUCUUUAAGCCAAAUUGAAAUUUCGACUCUUCAAAAAAUCGCAAAAAACUUAAAACCUACCACAAUGAGCGAAGAACUAGAUCUUAUGUCAUCCAAAUUAAUGCUUGACCUUAACGAUGGAAAUAUUAACGAAGUAAAUGCCUUAAAACUUGCUCUCUCAAAAACCGUGAGUUUCGUCAACCUCAACAUCUUAAAGGUUUUUCAAAAAUAUAUUAAAAACAACCCAUUUUGGGAAAAAAUCAACAGUGUAAAAAUAGAGCUCGAGCCUGCAAUGCCUGUUGCAUCGGAGGAGACCUUUAAUUAUGUAAUUCAGCUUAGUAAAGACACAAAAGGCAAGCUUGCUCUCAAGCAGUUAAGACUGGCGAUUGCAAAAGAAAAAGUGAAGGCAAUUGAGAAAAAUGAGGACGACAUUGUUGCGGUUUUAGACAUAAUGGAAAUCAUAGCCAGAAAUGUUAUAGCCGACGACACAUUAAAGAAAAACGAAAAUGACUCAGAGCUGAUAUGCUAUAGAAAAGUGGCAUCCAUUCUAGAUAUCCUACUAAAAGACUUGAACUUGGACUUACUAGAUGGCGAAACAACAUGUAAGGCUAGCAAGUCUAUUGCGAAAGAUCAUGAAAACAUCUAUGGUAAUAAUAUACCCUUAAAUCGGGGCUUCGGUCGUCGGAUUGAUCUUUUAUUGUCAACAAGAAAUAUCGAAUUAUCAACGAACGAAUGGAAGCGAAAGAAAGUUUCUCAAGAGCAGUGUCUGAUUCAACAAGCAAAAAACAUUAGAAUGAACAAAGCAAUUCUCAGCAAGCUUCUUGAACUACCCCUUUCCGAAGAUGAUUCUAAAAAUGUUCAUACACUUGGUAUGGAUUGGGUUGGCCCACGCGGUUACAUGUUUGCUGUAAAGAAGAUUGAUGACAUCUACAUAGCCAAACACAUCAAUAACCUCUCCGUACCAGAAUAUCUGCACCAACUACCUUCGUUCAUAGCCACACUCAAAAACUUGUAUACUUGGAAAAACCAUCACAGCAAUUUACAAAAUACAAUCUUAACAGGAAUGACUGCAAAAGAAGACGACGAAUUUUUUUCGAGUAUUGUCAACGGUAUUGACGAUGCUAGCAGAGCUUCAAAAGAACUGUCACCAAAUGUAUAUUUGACUCCUACAAAAGUAAAAAAAACCCAAUUAAGCCUAUCAAAAUGAUACAUGAAGAAGACAGUAUGUGCUUUGAAUUGCUUUUUUCCUGUAUAUGAAAACAUAAGUAUCAUAUCCUUAAGAAUAAAAUAGUUUUCUAUAAUUUUCUUUUCUAGCCAUCAAUUCAUCUUUUUGUUACACGUUGCCACCUGAUUUCCUUUUUUAGGCUUCAUAUCGCCAUCCAUUUUCUGAUUUUGAGCCAAAGCCUUCACCAGUCGUAAGGCAAAAAGAAAAGGCAACGAGUUUUUUUUUAUUGUUCCGAAACUGGUCGGCGACUCGAAUUUCAAAGCGCAACACUCCAAUUGUUUUCAAGACAUCAUUUUGGCAAAUUCUUA